AUGGCUCAGAAAGAUAAAAUGGAGGAUCGCAGGUACAUCAUCUGGCUGUUCCUGGUGACCAUAGCCUUCAACUGGAACUGCUGGUUUAUUCCGAUGAGGUGGGCUUUUCCCUACCAGACAGCCCAGAACACCAUCUAUUGGCUCUUUUUUGAUUACCUGUUCGAUGUUGUCUACCUGGUGGACAUGCUGGUGUUUCAGCCGCGCUUGCAGUUCAUCAGAGGUGGAGACAUCAUUUCUGACACAAAGGAUAUGAAGGCCAACUACCGGAGCUCGAUGAGAUUUCGGAGGGACUUUUGUAGCCUACUGCCUUUUGAUGUGCUGUAUAUCAAGUUUGGACUUCUACCCGUGUUCAGAGUAAAUCGCCUCAUGAAGUACGAGUCGUUCUUUGAAUUUAAUGAUCGCCUAGAGAGCAUCAUGGACAAAGCGUACAUCUACAGGGUCAUCCGAACCACCGGAUAUCUGUUGUAUAUUCUACAUCUCAAUUCCUGCCUGUACUACAUGGCCUCCGACUAUGAAGGUAUUGCCAGCACAAAAUGGGUCUACGAUGGAGAAGGCAACAAGUACCUGAGAUGUUACUACUGGGCAGUGCGUACCCUGAUCACAAUUGGGGGUCUUCCAGAGCCUGUGACGGUGUUUGAGAUUGUGUUUCAGUUGUUAAAUUAUUUCACAGGGGUCUUUGUGUUCUCCAGCUUGAUCGGUCAGAUGAGAGAUGUUAUCGGGGCGGCCACUGCAGGACAUACUUACUUCCGUACUUCGAUGGACAAUACAGUGGCCUACAUGAACACCUACAGAAUUCCAAGGCAUGUACAGAACAGAGUGCGCACCUGGUAUAAUUACACCUGGGCAUCACAAGGCAUGUUAGAUGAAUCUGAAUUACUUGAGGACAUGCCGGUAAAAAUGAGGAUGGCCAUCGCAAUCGAUGUCAACUUUGCUAUACUGAAUAAAGUGGACCUGUUCAAAGGUUGUGAUAACCAGAUGAUACAAGACAUGCUCCUGAGACUUAAAUCCAUCGUGUAUUUACCAGGCGAUUACGUCUGUAAAAAGGGUGAGAUUGGCAGAGAGAUGUACAUCAUCAAGCAAGGAGAAGUUCAAGUACUCGGUGGCCCAGAUGGCACUAAGGUUUUGGUCACCCUAAGAGCUGGAGCAGUGUUUGGAGAAAUCAGUCUGUUGGCCGCAGGUGGAGGAAACAGAAGGACAGCCAAUGUUGUCGCUCAUGGAUUUGCCAACUUGUUCAUUCUGGACAAAAAAGAUCUCAACGAAAUCCUGGUGCACUACCCCGACUCACAGAAGGUGUUGACACGGAAAGGAAGGAAACUUCUGAAAGACAAAGGCAAAGUGACCGGCCCCAUCGAGAAACCCAAAGGAAUGGCCAGUUUGUUCCCAGUCAAGCCAGAAACACCUCAGCUCUUCCGGGCGAUCUUGAACGCCAAUAGGAAGAAAGGCCUAGGCCUGUUUGUGAAGAGCAAGCCUCAAAGCAAGGGUCCAAGUCCAGUCCCCACUCCACAGCCAACACCGCAAAAAACCAGUGCAGCAGCACCAGCACCAGGUGCCUCUCCUGCCAAUGCCGCCAUCUCCAGAGGGACCACCAAUAAAUCACUGGUCAUCACCAUGACUCCAGCCAAAGCCACCGGCGAGGAGGAGGUCCUCAAAGUGGAAGUCAAGGAAAGUUCAAAGGGAAAAUAA